AUGUCUUCCGAUUUUGCCUUCCACGACGUCUCCAACGACGCCAUCAAAAAUAUGACGCCGAGUGAGGCGCUGCAGAAGCACUUGGAGAAUGCGCAGCUAGCACACCGAGUGUGCGUCGCCAAGGCCCUGAAGGCCGAGGUGCCGCCAGUGGAGAACUGUGCAUUGACGUGGGGUGAAGUGCUCAUACGCUACCAGGCGUGGGCGGAGUACCGCCCGCCCUUCCAGGAUAGCGUCGCGCAGGCCAAGUACACCAAGUACUGGACGAAGAAGCGCCAGGCUGAAGAUGACAAGAACCCGUUCCAUUAA